AUGAUUACAAGUUUUGAGAACACUAAUUCAAGGCCAAUGUGCCUCGAUGAUGAGAACGGACCACAACAGCGAGCACCACUGACUAGCAUCGAUCUCCGCCAUAAUAGAUUAAAAGGAAGCAUUGUUCUUGGUAAUUAUGAACAUUUGGCGACGUUGGAUAUAUCGCAUAAUGCAGUGGAGGUUCUAGUAUUAUCAGCUCUACAAGGUCUAAGAGAACUCUAUGCAUCACACAAUGCUCUCCAGCAUCUUGCAUUGCACGGCGCUUCGUUGAGAAUAUUGAGUGCCCCAUAUAAUCAAAUGGAAACCUUGACUACAACUGUGCCGCCUAUCAACUUGGUAGAACUAAACGUAUCACAUAACAGACUGACUUCGCUACCGCAAUGGCUCAGUGGUUGCUCAGACCUUACGACACUUCACGCGAGUAAUAAUUAUCUUACAUCACUUCCGGAGCAUUUAUUCUGCAGUGAACUUUCAAGUCUUAGUAAUUUACAUCUUGCACACAACAAAAUCUCAAAUAUUCCGUCGAUGCCUCGGUUAAGGUCACCGCUGAAGAAACUUCUAUUACACGAUAAUUGUAUACAAACGUUGCCUGAAAAUUUCUUUUCUGUGUGUGACAGAUUGUGUAUCUUAAAUUUAUCCAAUAACAGACUAAGUAGAUUACCACGUGCAAGAGGACCAUCUCCACAAAAUUUGGAGAGGCUGUACUUAACAGCGAAUUGUUUAACAGAUGAUGUUGUCGAUGUAAUCAUUGCUUUCCGAAAAUUAAAAAUACUACAUUUGGCUUACAACUGCUUGACGAGUCUGCCUGACAAUGCGUUUAAUUUUUGGCCCGAAAUAGAAGAACUCGUGGUCUCUGGGAACUCUAUCACGAAACUUCCCGAUAAUUUACCUCAAUUAAAUAAUAUCCGCAUCGUGCGCGCUCAUUCAAAUAGAUUGCGAUCGGUUCCUAUGUUCGCAUGUAGUGCUUCCGUUAAAAUAUUAGAUUUCGCUCAUAAUGAACUUGACACUGUGGAUUUAAGGCUCUUGGCUCCAAAACAAUUGAAAUAUCUCGAUAUUUCAUGCAAUAGGAAAUUACAAGUAGAUCCUUCCCAGUUUAAUUCAUAUAGAUGUCAACGACCUUUAAGCUUAGUUGACGUAACUGGAAGAAAUUCUUUACCUUUGUCCCAGAAAAGUGGUUAUCACGAAGAAUUGAGUGGAGUUACUCCAUGGACCAUCGGAUUUUCAGAAUGCCCUAAUAAAUCGUUACAAUUGUGUUGUGCUCAAAUACGUCUUCCGUCAUUUUGUAACAAAGAAGGUCUCUUUGCAAUUAUCGACGGAGAAACAGACACAGAAGUUCCAAGAAUAUUACAAACAUGUUUACCUGGCCUUUUGCUAGAAGAAAAAUCUAUAAAAGAAACAGUAAAUGAGUAUAUGAAAUAUGUUGUUUUAUCAGCUCAUAGAGAGUUGAAGGAAAAAGGUCAAAAAAAAGGUGCGUGCUUAAUUAUGUGUCAUUUAUCACCAAUUAAUUCAGCUGAAAAUGGAUUUGGACAAAUAUCUAAAAGAUACAAUAUGAGAUUAGCUAAUGUUGGGGACACACGGGCUGUUUUGAGUAGGCGUAACGGGCCAUUAAGUCUAGGAAUAGAAAACAAUAAGCGCUUAGGCCACUCUUCACUUUAUCCAAAUACAAUACCUGACCCUGAUGUCAUUCAAACUAUUAUAAAAGACGACGAUGAAUUUUUGAUUUUAGGAAAUGGGAUAUUCUGGAACGCAGUUAGUGUGGACGCAGCGGUGUCAGAAGUACGUGCUGAAAGAAACCCCGUUCUUGCGGCAAAGCGUUUACAAGACUUAGCUCAAAGCUAUGGAGUGGAAGACUGUAUGUCAAUUUUAAUAGUGCGAUUUGAUAAAGCUGGACAAGCUGAUGUAGAUUUGUUAAUGAGAGAACUGAGACAAACAAUUGGCAGUACUAAGUCAGUUUGCAGGCCAGACUGUUGUUGCUCUAGAUUGGAGCCUUGUUGCCAUUCCAUCACGCCACCGAAACCAUGUAGUGAUCGGUCAUCGCCCAGUGGCCAAAGCGAUCUUCCGCCCAUAGAAGUCUUAAGUCCACAACAUUAUGCAAGUGUGCGAUCGCAAAAUAGAGCAUCUGAUCGAAAAAUCCGAGGAGGCGUUGCUCGCGCUAUACGAGUUCGAGUAGAAGAAGAAAAAGAGGAUGAACAAAGGAAAGAAGAACUUUCUUCACCUGAAGAACAGUUCAAAUGUUGGGAGUAUAUGUUAGAACAAAACACUCAGAUGUUGUUCAAUAAGGAAUUGGAUAAUCUUUCUAAAGGAAUAAAAUCAAAUGUAAGUACGCUUAAAACUUUGAAAGGUUUGUCGGGAAGUAGUCCUCAGCUACAUUUAACUGAAAAACAAUCGAAAAGUGUUCCGUUUUUAUCAAAGCAUUUUGGAAGCGCUCGCUCAUUUGGCAAUGCAUUUAAACCAGAAUUUCGGUUUGGUUCUGGUAGAUUAGCAAAUGGUGGACCAAAUGCUGCAUACUUUGGCUCGCUUCAAAGAUUAAUGCCAUAUCACUUAGAAUACGAUUUCGCUGUGAUACAAGAGAAAGGAGGACAAUCACAAGAAUCAUUAGACCUUGAAGGACGUAUGCAACAAUAUUGGGGAGUUGCAACGACUGAGUUGUAA